AUUGCAUUAGUUACAUAUACCACAAAAAACCCUUAAUCCUUCUUCUAAGUACUCACUAUGUUCUCCCUCAUCUCAUCUCAUAACCGUAAAUACCCUUUUCAAUCCUUUCAUUCAUUCUUCUUCUUUUUCUCGAUUAUGAAUCAAUUCCCUAAAACCCUCAAAUCAAAAUCUCAAAAACGUAUUCUUUCGAUUCUGAAUGUUCGCCGAUUUGAAUCUCUCUAGGGAUGAAGGCCAACGACAUGUUAUACAGUGGUGGAUGCGAUUUUGGAGAUGAAGGAGGUGGAACAGGGUCGUGAUGUGGUCACACGUUGAUGGCUGUACCGGCGGUGGGAGAGGAAGGAACGACGGGAUACAUUGGGUCGAUGCUGAUUUUGUUUGGUAGUGCGACUGCGCUUUGAAGGAUUGUGGACAAGAGUACUAAAGGAGCUGCGGCGGUGGACCAUGUUGAACCUGAGAAGACUUGGCUCCAUACUGUGAUGCAUGAUUUAAGAGUUGGCUCCAUUGUAAGUGAAGUAAACUCCCUGUUUUGUAGAUUUGACAUGUUCAUUGAUGACUUUCUUAUGAUUUUCUUUAAUAUUUUUCGGCCCUUUUAAGACUUUUGUAGUUUACCCUUGAAUUUUUGGUUAUAUUGUGUAGAUGUAUGUGAGAAUCCUUUUCUUGGGUUAUAUUGGUGAUAUUAUUCUUGGGUUAUGCGUCGGGACUAGCAUUAUUGCGGAAUCCUUUUGCCCACUUAAAACUGUGUAUGUGUGUGCUUACUUUUUUUUUUCUUCCAUGUUUGUAUUGUAUGAAUGCUCAAAGUGUAUGGCUGUAUUUGGAAGUCAUUCAUGGUCAUGUCCUGAUUUGUUGUAUACCUUUCAAUUGAUAAUAUUAAUAAUAGUUGGCUGUAUUAGUUUGGAUUAGUCCGGUAUUUAUUGAAUCAGUUGAAAGGGAGCUUGUUUUAAUGCAUCAUUUUUCCUAUUUUGUUUACUUAUAUGUUUAAAAUAGGACUAUUAACAAUUGUGACGUGUGAGAUAUAAAACCAUUCAUGAGCUUUCACCUAUAAAAUUGUUCAGCUCUAUAUGCGACACUUUCCAAUGUACUACGGACUGUGGACAUUGUGGACUGAUGAUGACAUUGGACUCUUGUAAAUGUUUAGAGAGUUGGAGAGAAAAAUGUGUACAGCUGGUGCAAAACUUAAAUCUCCGGGGGUUCAAACCAGAUAAAAAGUAGAUUUUUUAGUAUAAUUUUAAAGAGUAAAGGGGGUGCAUGUGAACCCCCGGUACAAGUGUGGCGCCACCACUGUGUGUUAUAAAUACAUGUGUGUGCCCUGCUAAACUGUAAAGUUAAAUUGCCCAUGGGUUAGUUUGAGGCCUUCAAUUGUGAGGCCAAUCUGAUCCAAAAAAAUAAGUGGUCGGUUCUUGGUGUUAGUCAUUCUGUUUGUUUAGGUUUGCUUUUUGUCUAACCCUCUGAUUUUAUAUAUAUACACACACACUGGCAAGGUUCAAUUUUUGUCCACCGGAUGAUGCAUUGGCUAGAAAGAACUUUGAAGGAAGAGGUGCGGCAAUAAUGAAAAAUAACUUAAACAAAGCUCAUGUCACAAAGAAAAGACCAGAUUGGAUUGAUCAGAAUGCGUGGGAUCCAUUAUGUGAGCAUUGGAGAACUUCAGGAUUUAAAAAGAAGAGUAUACAGGCGAAAACAAAUCGAGCAUCUGACUGUGGAGGUUUUUCAAAGCCCGUUCACACUUGUGGCUCUAUCACCACAUCGCAACAUAGAGCUAAUUUGACGGAACUGAAUGGCACUCCCCCCACUCCUGUAGAUUUGUUUGUUCACACACACCAACAUCGCAAGAAUAAGGCUUGGGUUGAUCGAAGAUCGGAACAUGUCUAUGAAAAGUAUAAACGUAGAUUGGAAGAAUUAACCCAACAAGCAUCUUUGCAAGGAACUCCGCCACCAAAGGAAAUAGAUGUGUGGACUGAGGUUGCAUGAACAAGGAAAGGACACAUAUAUGGUCUUGGGAGUGAAUCUUCUUUAUUUGCAGGCAGACGAAAUUACCGUGGUUCAGGUUCCGCGUCAACUGAAUGGGUGCAAAGACAUGAAAUUGAAGAACUGAAAAUUGAAAGGGAAGAAAUGAGAAGGGAAAAUGAUGAACUUCGUGAUAUGGUAAAACAAUUGAUGGAAAGCUUAAACUUUCGGCCGAAGCCAUAUACUAGAGAUGAAGUUCAUGAAGAUAUUGUGGCUGAUAGUAAUGAUGAUGUGGCUGAUGAUAAUGAUGAUGUGGCUGAUAUUGUUUUCUUAGUUAGGAUAUUGACUUUUUUUUAUGCAAGAAUUGAAUGGGAUUUAUUCCCCUUUUUGUAUGUGAAGAUCAAUUCACUUA